AUGAGGCUGCAACUCGGACUGUUGGCCCUUUGGGUCAGUACAGCAAUUGCAGGGACCUGCCAGCCGGGCACCGUCGAAGGCCCUUAUACCGCUCAAAAUGUGGCUUUCGAUGUUAUCUGCGGUCAGGGGUUAUCGGGUACGUCGUCUUACCAAAGUCAAGCUGCUAUGAAUGCUGGCACCAUUGAAGAGUGCAUGGUGGCAUGCGCACAAGAUCCAUCAUGCCUUGCAAUCACGUGGGACAACAUUGGCAUUUGCAAUUUGUUCAGCGUGGUUACUGGUUCGUACAGCGACUAUACCGAUACAGCUAUCCGCCAGCAGCCAUCCACGUCGACAUCCGUGGCAUCAUCGACGACUUCUUCUGCGGCGGCUACAUCAUCCGCCGCACCGGAAUGUCAAGCUGGCACCUAUACAAGUUCUAUCGAUAAUGUGCAGUUUAAUACUGCAUGUGGAAGACAUUACGUGGGCACUGAAAUCUCCAAUGGCGUCGCCGCUGAUCUGCAAGGGUGUAUGGAUAUGUGCGCAAGUGAUUUAAACUGCGUUGCAGUGUCUUUGUCGUACAGCGGAAAUGUCUGCCACCUCUUCAGUCACACUGAUUAUUCAACGCCCGAUGCCUCCUGGGACCUGGGUGUUGUUUCAUCGCGGCCAUCUUCGGCUGAUUCGACAUCUUCGGCUGAUUCGACAUCUUCGGCUGAUUCGACAUCUUCAACCGAUGUAACAUCUUCGGCUGACUCGACCUCGUCGGCACCCGCAGCAACAUCUUCAACACCGCCAGCUUGUCAGGAUGGUACCUAUAGUGGUACAACCAAUCAGUUUACAAUCACAUGUGAUGCCUCGCCAAAUGGGUAUCAAACACUGUCUAGUCUCGGGAAUGGAUAUACCCUGGAGACAUGCUUGCAGGCAUGCGAUGUUGAUAGCCAAUGCGAUGCUGCAGUUUUCGCAGAGAACAGCGGUUACUGCAUUGUAUAUCAGGGUGCCUUGUCAGAUUCGUACUUAAGUGUAGGCUCUGAUUACAUUUACAAAAUGCCUGCAUCAUCCUCAUCAUCCUCAUCAUCUUCAACCUCAAUAUCCUCAACAACUCCAAUGUCCUCAACAUCUUCUACUACGUCGUCAUCGGCAUCAUCUACAUCAUCAGCAGCACCACUGACCUGCGCUCAACUGGGCGGUACCUACACCGGUGCUUCCAAUACGGUAUUCGAAAUCACAUGUGAAGCGAUAUUGGGAGGCUCUCCUUCUUCAAACACUCAAGCCAACAGCUUUGAGCAAUGUAUGGACUUAUGCCAAAUUGAUUCAGCUUGCCUUGGAGUAUCAUUCUUUGGCUCUAUGAAUCGUUGCUACACGUUUGAUGUGUAUGUUGGUUCGAGCGCGGCUCCUCCUUAUGAUGCGGCUAUCAUCCCCGCCCGAUUACCUUCAACUUCUUCUACAUCUUCAGCCGAUUCAACUUCAACAUCCGCAACAUCUGCCUCAUCCACAACUGUAGCAUCUGUAACUGAAACCUUUACAUCUACGUCGUCUGCAUCCACAUCUACGUCCUCUACAUCCUCUACAUCUACGUCUGCUUCUUCAGAUACAUCGUCUUCACCUAUGUCUUCUAUGACUACAUCGUCUACGUUUACGUCUCUUACAUCAGCAUUUACGUCUUCGUCAGCUACAUCAUCUCAGUUUACGUCUUCCACAGCUACGCUUUCUACAACUACCUCACUUACGACUACAACAUCCACCCCAUCUACAACCUUAUCAACCUCUACCACUUUACCUACAUCAUCAGAGCCCAUGUCCUCAGACGCCACGUCAUGGUCGACAGUGGAAUCCAGGACACAAUCUGAGUCUCAGUCUACGUUUCUGUCCACAUACCUGUCUACUUCAGUUGUAUCAGAGUCUACUCUGAACCCUACAACAUCAGCCUCAGCAGAAUCCUCUCCACUUUCUUCUAUUCUGACCCCUACUGCAACCUUGAGUAUCGAGACCUCCACCAUUUUGACCUCUGCUAGUACCGAGAACCCAAGCUCUGAGACGUCAAGUGAGAGUACCACUGUCUCUUUAAGUUCUAGAGGACCGGAAGCAAGCUCGAGCAGCACUAGUCAAGCUACAACAGAGACAGAGUCUACAGCGCAAUCCAGCCAACAACAGACCUCGCCCGUGACAAGCGUUUCACCCUCGGAAUCCUCAACCUCAGCUUCUUUGACUUCAUCGACGACUUCAUCAGCUCCUUCUGCAAGCCCAAGAAAUAUCCAAGUUCUUGAUGGCUAUGACUUUAUCGCCUGUCUGCGAUCCGAUGAGGGGUUCCCAACCUUUACAGAGGUAGCAACCCAGGCCAACAUGACCACAGAGAUCUGUGUGAAGUUGGCUGCUGGAAGCAUUUAUGUCGGUGUUUAUGAAGAGACUUGCUACAAGGCUGAUUCCCUCGAUGGAUCUGAAAUUGUUGAGGAUGAGCGCUGCAGCCUCCGGUGUCCUGGCGAUCCCACUGUAUUCUGCGGAGGCACCACUGGUGGUGCAGACAGACGUCGUGCCAUUCCGUCUAACCGUCUCUUGACAAUCUAUCGCCAGGAGGUCUUCUCCUCUUCCUCCUCUUCUUCUGCCCCCUCUUCAAGGACUUCACAGGCUUCAGGAACACGGGCCUUUUCCUCAACAUCCGCGUCAACUGCCCAGAUAAGCUACACGCAAUCAGUCUACUCUUCUUCAAUAUCCUCUCCAGCAACUUCAGCAUCGUCAACUGUUUCCGAGUCGGGAUCAGUCUCUAGCACUCCAUUUCCCACUCAGCCAGGGUCCAUCCGAACCAUUCACGUCACUAAGGGCGUCACAUACACAGAGAUUGUCAUUGCAGAGACAGUAACCACUGUAACAUAUGUCACUAUUAACCCAAGUCAGCCAGGGGUUCUUAUCACUACUUGUAUACCGGUAACGCUGCAGUAUACUCCCUGCAACUGUGAUCACCAAGAAUAUCCACCAGUAGAUAUGACCACCAUUAUUUCGUCUUGCGACGCUUGUGGCUUUCAGGGGCAGGAUGUCGUCACCAUGGUGGUGCCAGUUGCUGCUUGUGAGACUGGUAGUGGAACCUACAACCCCGCUGGUUGGAUCGAGGGCGAGGCUUGGAACCACGGAUACACUGAUCAAAUUGAAGGCCAUCAGGUUUACACUGGCAAUGCUGCAGAUGUCAAAUCCCAACCUCAGCCGACACAAGGAGGACAGAGCGGCGAGGGAUCGGAUUAUGAGAAUCGAUCUGACAUUGAAGCCGCAACUGAAGGAUCAGGAGGCGAAGCGGAAAACAAACAGCCAGCGAACCCCCAGCCGACACAAGGGAAGCAAAAUGGCAAGGGACCGGAUUAUCAGAACGGGCUCUUCAGUACCCAGGCCGCUAUCCAUGGACCAGGAGACGAACCACCAAAAGGAAAGACAGCCAAACCCUUGCCGACACAAGGAAAGCAGAAUUCUAAGGUGCCGGAUCAUAAGAACGGUCAGUUCAGUACUCAGGGAGCAACUCACGGACCGGGAGCUGAAGCUUCAAAAGGAAGGACAGCCAGCCCCCAGCCGACACAAGGUCAGCAAAAUGGCGAUCGACCAGGAGAUGAGAAGGACCAAUCACCAUUUACAGUCCGAACUUCGGCAGACGAUAAUUCCAAGAACAGGCCCAUUGUGUCGGCCUCCCAACCCAGUAGCGCACUGAAUCCUUCCAAGUCCUUGCCCCCACAGGAUCAGAGACUUGCUUCUGACAGCUUCCCAACCGAGACAAGCGUUGUGUCAGCGCCGGCACCCGACACUUUUACUAACCCUCCCCAGUCAGUGCCUGUUCACGGGCAUCAUCCAGCUGUCUCAACGACGUUUGCUACUGAGGUAGACGUUACCAAAGAGGCUGAGGCACCCGAUUCAACAUAUAGGCUCAGUCCUUUGCGAUCUGGGGAGUCUUCAUCCAGUCCAUCGUUGAUUCCUUCAUCAGAAGCAUGUAGAAAUCAGGUCAUGUACUGGAGUAUGAUGGUUGUUAUAGUCGGAGUGGUGCUGGUAUUUUGA